UAUUUAAUUAUAUUAUAAUUAAUAGUAUAAUAGUAUAAUUAUUUAACCUAAUAGUAUAAAUAUAGUAUAUUUAUACUAGUUCAUGUCUCCUGUAUCCUGGAAUGUCCAGGUUCUAGAGCUGACAAGAAGGCAUUCGGGGCAAACGUAUACGCAUUGUUUAUAGUCGCCUUCUCGUCAGCUCCGAGUAGUACUGACUUGAGUACGAACCAUAUACACAUAAUUAAGGAGCAUGCUAUAGCGAAAUCAGCCUGUACAAUUGCCAACUCUUUUUACUAGUAUAAAUCAGGUUCAAACGUAAACGCAGGGUGUUAUCAGAAUCUGAAUCAGAAUCAUAUUUUAUGUCAAUUAUCGUGUGAUAGAAAUAUCGUAUAUUGCAUAUAGUUACAAGAAUUUGAGUUAUAGUAAUAUGUAAAUCUGCAAAUAGUGAUGUUCAAGAAAGCUCAUAAAGUGCAGAAAAAAGUUGAAUUUAUUUCCAAAGGAACUGGUUUAUUAUUAUUCUCAGAAUGUUCAAAUAUGUUGCAACUGCAUCUUUUGAAUCUGUUAAAACAAUUAAGAUCUACGAAAAUGAUUGAAGAUGUGUUGUCGAGAGACAAGGUCAUUAUAUUGCCAAGAUGUUGCAAAUAUCAUAGUUGGGCCGGGUUGUUGCUCGAUAAAUUCCCAACAUUCGGAAUUAGCAACGGAAUCGCCAACAUAUCAUUUUAUUACAAAUAUGGAGUUGCAUUCUUAAAUGGAACAUUUCAAAUGAGAACACUCCAUUUUCGAUUAUCGUGCAACACGAGUCAACUAAAAAAGUCAUUCGAAGUGCCUUAAAAAUACUACUAUGGCAUCCUGGUUUUAAUGCAACUGCACCUUCGCAAUUACUUUCAAGUAUUGUGAUGGAUACGACAACUGCGGCCCUUACCUUCAUCUCAAUCGAUUGGAUCAAGAUAAACAUUGAGUGAUGAAACAUUGAUUUUCAUGUGAACAUUCACCUCAGUGUAUGAUAUAGAUAUUUAUGAUGAUUAUAGAUGAUCAGAUAUUUACUACUCUCCAUUUAAUCUGUUUGAAACUUUGUACGGUGUUACAAAGUGUGGAAGUAACUAACAACAAAAUUGAAGACAUAUAUUGAUCUGACGUCCGCAGAUCAAAUUUUCCAGCAAGAGUUUGGAUCAUUGGAUCUUUCGACGUGAACUUUGCUAAUUUCGAUCAACAGUCUAGAACGCUUGCUUUUCGGAGUGAUCUGGACAGGAAGUGCUUACACGGAGACGUACGAAGAUUGUGCAUCACUGCCUCUGAUUUAUUAAAAACUUGCAAUCAUAUUUGAAUAAUAGACGCUACAGCUUUCGAAGAUCAUUUGUUUUGUUACUUAUUUCUGCACUCAAAUUCUGUUGUUACUCGUUGCUGUAACGAAUAUGUUGUUGAGUAAGUUUACCGACUGAUUCUGAUUGUGACACGAUAAAAUCAAAUACUCUAUAUUUAUUUAUAUAUAUUUAUAUUUAUACUCUAUAUAUCUAUAUUUAUACUCUAGAUUUAUAGAAAUCCCUGUUUAAAUGAUCUAUUUGAAACGUUCACUUCAUGGAAUCUAGAAUACAGGGGAAAGAUUGCUAGUGAAUUGUUAGUGAGAAAGAAAGUACGUCGGAUGAUUUCGACCAAACUCGGAACAUUUAUAAUAUGGCGAAGUUAAUGUAAUUAAUUCAUUUAAGUUUGUUCAUAAUAGCGCUAUUGGUUUAAGCAGGUUUGUGUUUUUAUUGGAUAAGACUCGUCGUAAUUAUUUUUCUGAAAUGGAAUUACGUUUGUGCGUUACAUACUUGUAACAUACAGUGAGCGUUUUUAUAAAAGUUUUAGAGUAACAGAAAAUGUAAAUGUAUUGUUUAUAAUUUUAUAGAGGAUGAUAACGUUUGCUCGUUGCAAAAGAUUUCUUGCAAAAUUUUCCAUCUUAACAUUCGAAUUGCAAAAAAUCCUUUCCGCGAACAUUGUAUGUGAAACGAAGCCAAUUGCACUAUAUAUUUCAUUAUUCGAUUUCAAGCAAACAUUUCGAAUAAUUAAAAAUAUAGUUUCAGUUUUAUAACGUAGGAGAGACAGAGAGAAAAUAGAUACAUUUUUCACCUUUUGUUUUAUACAAUCUUCAAUUGAGCUAAUUACUUAAUACCAAAAAAAUGCUAAUAUAUGCUUUAAUCCAUCCUUUUAAUAUUUUGUAAAGGACGAAUUCAGAAACUACACACAACAUAAAUCGCAAAGUGUUUUCUAAGUGAUUGAAAAAUGUAUCAAUGUACCCCGCUGCGUUGCAAGUUGAAAUCGCCUUUAGAGGGCAGGUUAAUACUCAUUUAAAACACCUUAGUUUAAUAUAUAAUAAUUAUUUUUAUUACUAAAAAUGCAUAUAUUAUUAAUAUAAUAUAUUAUAAAUAUAUUAAUUGUAACGUAAUAGUGAUUUAAUUUUACUGAAUGUAUGUAAUCUGGGGGUGCUUCACUAGAAAUCCUAGUAGGAAGGGGAGGAAAACGACAGGGGAGAGUUGGAAAGGAGAUAGUAGGAUGUCGAAAGAAAAUCAUUAGCAACAACGCGAAUAGAAUCAUAAAGAAUGGAAGAAUGGGAAAUCCUUCGGGUCUGGUUUACGACGGUCGGACGGGCCCCAAAACGGUCUCGAAAAACCCCGAGUACAAUAAAUGAAUAAAUAAAUAAAUCUCCAUGCGGAUCUGGUGUGCAGAUGUAGGUUCAUACGAGCCCCUGUCAUUAGCUUCGAAUUUGGAAAUGUCCGUGGCGGUACGAACGACUUUCUAUUUUAUGACGAGGGCUUGAUAGCGGUAUGAUGGCUGUUACAAUACUAUAUACUAAAAGUGACGUAGCGAAACAAUUAUACUUGAAAUUAACCGACGUGAUGAAAAAUACAAAAUUCUAUCGCUUUCUAAAAUGGCAGCAAACAAAUGAUGCACACAGCAUCCCUAUUUUCUGAUUCUGAUUCAUUUUUAUUUUGUAAACAAUUAUUAUUUCUGUGUUUAAUUAAUUAGUUCUUGAGGUUUUCUUUACUGUUGCAAUUAUUACCUAUAAAGAAAAGUUAAAAAAUAUCUUUCGUAGAUCGUGUGCAAGCUGAAUAUUUUUCUAACAAUAACGUUUAUUAGUACUGUUGAAUUUCAACAAAUAGGUUCAAUCAAAAAUCAUUCGAGCAAAUAGUUUUUUAUUUACUACCUGAUAUCAUUUAAUCCUGAAGGCUUGUGAUAAUGUAUUUUCUGUUUUCGUGUUGAAUCAUGUCAGUUAACGUAAACAUCUCAUAAAGAAAGACCAAUUCUCAGUUGAUUAAUAAGACAUGGACAUUAGUGCCAAAUCCUAAAGAUAAAAACAUUGUAGAUUAUAAAUGAGUAUUUCCAAAAUGAUGAAUUUGUAAACCCGUUUAAAUAUAAAGCUCGUCUAGUUGCAAAUGGCUUUAAACAACAAUAUUUAGUAGACUGUAAUGAAACUUUUACCCGGGCCGCAUUAGAUUUAUAAUUGCUUAUGCGAAUCAAUGAAAUUUUUUAAUCCAUCAUAUGUAUGUUAAAACUGUAUUCUUCAGUGGAAAAUUAAAAAAGGGAGAUUGAAGUCAUAAAUAUCAAGUUAAGUAAAUUAAAUACAUUUUUGUAUGGUUUGAAGAAAUUGUAAAGGCUCUUAAAGAGAAAAAUUUUGAGAAUUCCCCGAUCGACCGCACCCUGUCGAUAUGUUGUCGAUUGUUUAAUGUAUAUAAUGAUGUGUACACAACCUGAUUUGUGUGUAACUAUUAGUAUUUUGAGUCGAUAUACAAGUAAAAGGAAUAAAGAACUGUCGGAUUUGCCUUAAAAGAGUUAUAAGAUAUUUGAAAAGUUCCAUAGAUAUUAAAUUAGCAUUCACAAGAAGUGAAUACGAUAACAAUAAUAUUCCGAGAGGCUAUGUCAAUUCAUAUUGUUUGAAAACUGUGCAAUUACUUGGAACUCGAAAAAUAGUAAUUGUCAAGAUUAUUUGUACGGAGCCCAGAUUCAUUAAUAACUGGUAAACCAUGCCGCGAAUUGCAUUUACACUAAGGAAAAAGUUACAUCAAAUGACUUCAGGAACCAACCCCCCAUUCACCGAAAGUACCGUAAUUUUGGAACUCUCUGUAUACCUAUGCAGGUGAGCAAGUGGCGGAUGUUCUGACCAAACCAUUUGCAGGACAUAAAUUCUUGAAUAUGUGAACAGAAAUGAGUUGAGAAAAAAAGAUAUAUUUUGUUUAUGUGUUUCAUAAUUAUAAUGUAUAAGUUGUCUAAUUAGGUUUUUCUUGUUCCCAGAAGAAGGAAUGUAUAUGUAUAGUCCCCGGAACCCUUGCCGUUCCGUUUAGAACUCGAUCUCUGUCGAACGUGUGCAAUCCCAUAUAUCUUUCUCGCAACAGGAUUUGCUCCGGUCGUUAAUAACGUCGCCGUGCGCGAAAUUUUCUAAGUAAUUUCUUAUUUCUUUCGAUCUGCGCCGACAAUGAGUCUCGACGAAUUAUAAAUUCACGUAGCCUUCUUCCACAAGGGCACAUAGCACGCAGCAAUACGUGGUUCGGUGGUACCUCUACCGGUGGUACUAUCUCCUCGUCUAAGUCUUCACAGAUAUGUUGGUUGUCCAUUUGUAUCGGAAUUUUCUACACCCUGCUCCAAAAAUCUGCAACAAAACAAUGCAAAUUUGAAAUGAGUUUAAGCCGCAUAUUAUUUCGAUAUAUGGGGAUUACCACGCGUCCAACAGUGAUCAAGUUCCAAACGUGUGCACGGAACGGUAAGAUAUAAGAUUUCGGUUUUCUUAAAGACCAUGUUUUUUCAGUUUGGACCCGGAGCAGCGUACCUCGACUGUGAGUUUCUCGAACACCAUAACUCCGCCAACUCCCCGACUGUCGAGAUAGCAAGUUCGAUUGCUUUUAUCGAAAUUCAAUUGAUUUGAUAAAUUUUCAUUCAGACCGAUAAUUAUUUGUAUUCCAUUUGUACUUUAUCAAACGCUGUUACAACUAUUUCAAUCGAUUCCACACCAGAAUUUAGAUAUUAGAUCGUUUGUUUUACACUUGUUGGGUACUUCGUAAAAAUUUCGUAUUGUCAUUUUUGAAAAGCGAUACACCCUUAGAGUCGUUUUUACAAUUAGUGAUCGACAGCUUUCUCUUGUUUUAAAAAAGGUGAUACAGUUUACAGCGUAAUUGUCAUUUUGAAGUUUGGAAAUUGAUUGAAAUGAGAAAUGUGGCAAAUUCAAACGAUCUACGAAUCUGAUAUUGAAGAUCGACAGGUUCCAACUUAUUUCAAAUUUGUAUUGUUCUUUUGCAGAUUUUUUGAGCAGUGUGUCGAAAAUACUGGUAUAAAUUGAGAACCAACAUAUCUGUGAGAACUUAGAAGAGGAGAUAGUACCUCCGCUAGAGGUACCGCCGAACAACGUAUUGCUGCGUGCUAUGUGUCCCUGUGGAAGAAGGCUACGUGAAUUUAUAAUUCGUCGAGACUUAUUGUCGGCGCUAAAUAAAAUUUCGGUUUUCUUAAAGACCAUGUUUUUUCAGUUUGGACCCGGAGCAGCGUACCUCGACUGUGAGUUUCUCGAACACCAUAACUCCGCCAACUCCCCGACUGUCGAGAUAGCAAGUUCGAUUGCUUUUAUCGAAAUUCAAUUGAUUUGAUAAAUUUUCGUUCAGACCGAUAAUUAUUUGUAUUCCAUUUGUAUUUUAUCAAACGCUGUUACAACUAUUUCAAUCGAUUCAACGCCAGAAUUUAGAUAUUAGAUUGUUUGUUUUACACUUGUUGGGUACUUUGUACGGCAAUGGUUCCGGGGACUAUAUCUGAUAAAGGAGGAAAUCUCUUAGAUUGUACAGAUAAUUUUUUGUAAUAACUUGAAAAUAAUCAUUUAUUAUUUCAAUUUAUAAAUACCAACAUUGUCUUACUAUUUUGAAAUCAACCUUCAACGUACACCCUGCGUUUGUAAUAACUAUUACUAAGGGGAACUUCGUUAAAACGACGUGUCACAAUGUUUGAAACAGUAAUUGUAACAAUAACCUGAGUUUAAUAUAUAAUAAUUGUUUUUAUUACUAAAAAUGCAUCAGACAAAUAUAUUUAUUAUAACGUAAUAGUGAUUUAAUUAUACUGAAUGUAUUGCACUAUACUGAGUGCGAUAGUGUGAAUACAAAAUAGUGUAAAAUACAAAUGGAAACUCUCACUACAUCUCACCAGCACCCUUAAAUACCAGUAGAUAGUAGGAUAUCGAAGGAAAAUCGGUUGGCUACAGCGGGAAUAGAAUCAUAAAGAAUGGAAGAAUGGGAAAUCCUUCAGGUCUGGUUUACGACGGUCGGACGGGCCCCGAAACGGUCUCGAAAAACCCCGAGUACAAUAAAUGAAUAAAUAAAUAAAUUUCCAUGCGGAUCUGGUGUGCAGAUGUAGGUUCGUACGAGCCCCUGUUAUUAACUUCGAAUUUGGAAAUGUCCGUGGCGGCACAAACGACUGUUUUCUAUUUUAUGACGGGGGCUUGACAGCGGUAUGAUGGCUGCUACAAUACUAUAUACUAAAAGUGAAACGAUUUUACUUGAAAUUGACUGACGUAGCGAAACAAUUAUACUUGAAAUUAACUGACAUAAUGAAAAAUACAAAAUUUUAUCGCUUUCUAAAAUGGCACCAGACAAAUGAUGCACACAGCAUCCCUAUUUUCUGAUUCUGAUUCAUUUUUAUUUUGUAAACAAUUAUUAUCUCUGUGUUUAAUUAAUUAGUUCUUGAUGUUUUCUUUACUGUUGCCCGGUCUUGUUGACCCUUGAAGAGAAGGCCCCAGCCAUCACUCCAUACACUUACAACUUUUUUGAAUUAUUAGAAAUAUUGAAAUGAAAUUUUCACUAGAAAUAAUUAAAAUAUCAUCGUGGGGCACGAUUUUUGAUUUCCUACAACCACUAUGAAAUUCUUUAAUUUCCUGAUCAAGUAUCCGAAAAUCGAAUUGCUCCAUCUUCUUCAAUUGUCGAAAAAAAACCGAGCUUGUAUAAAAACCCAGAAUUUUCGACAAAAAUAAGGUAUUGCAUGAGUAAAGUGAAAACAUUAGAAAGUUCUAGGAAUCCGUCUUAAAAGAUAGAGGAGAGUUUUCCGAAUGUAAUGGUAUACAAUUUGUUAAUUGUUUUUAGACCCAAAUAGCAAAGUUAAUGUUAAAGUUCAAAAAUGUGUCGACGGGCGUAGUUUCUCCGCAAUAUUUUUGUAUUUUUUCGAAAAGUUCUUCGUCCAGCACGAAAACUCUACACAUAAUCGGAUUCUGUAGACAUUUCUGAAGAAGAAACGGCCCGGUGAAAGUGACGGAACGAUUUUCAUUUCGAGUCGGACGAGAAAAUAUUCGUCGGCAACACGUGUAUGACGUUUUGCCGCCACGUGCUCGCUUCUCUAUGGUAGGCGGGCCGAGCUAUGCCAUUAAAGACGCAUUAACGUACUGCGCAGGAUGGGCUGGUAGUGGGGGUCUGAGAAGCCGUGUUGUUCCCCCGUCGUCACAAGGUUCAACACGACCGAGGUAUACGCCACUAAUGAGGCAGUAACGUUCUGCGCAGGAUGGAAGUGGCUUGCGGUUAAAACUCAAGAAUUAUGGGCUGCGAUCGAAUCAUAAAAGCAUCAACAACCUCCUGUGUUCCAAAGGCACGUCUAUUUAAUAAUAAUGGCUCAUAAAAUACAUUGUUCUCAUAAAACAUUUAAUACUAUAGCAAUAUGUAUAUAUUGAACAUAAUGUAAUUGUAAUAUCUUUUAUAUACAAUACAUAGAGACCAAAAGUGGCAACGUCACAGUUACACACGUUAACCAAUCAAGAGAAGUUAUUAUUGAACCAACCAAUCGUAGACGGGAUAAGUACCAAGAGUGGUGGCAACGUUGCAGUUACACACGUGACCAAUCAGUAUAAAACCAGCCAAUCUUAGACGGGACAAGUAUUGUAGAAGAUUUCGUUCGCGUAUUCGUUCUCUUCGUUCCCGAAGGCCAUAGUGAAUACUUCGUUUUACGAAACGGUUGGGGUAGUGUCAAGCUCGUUACUUGCGAGGAACUUACACACUUAGUACACAGUUGUAGAGACGGAUAUACAGUCAUUUCUAAACGGACAAUGGGAGGAGCACGUUCGCCGAGUGUAAAACCAAAGCAGCAGAAUGCAUCUGCAAAAAACAGGAACAAUAAGCCACGAGAACGUAAUCUACCGGGCGGCGGAAAUCGUGGAUCGUGUGGUCGGAAAGGCGGUACACGCUUUUCAGGCGGACGCGGCGGUGGAAUGGGUGGAGGAAAUAGGAAUAACGAUGGACCGAUGAAGAAGAGCGAUUCUAUGGAUGGAGAUACUACUAUGUCUGAAGGAAUGGGUAUGAGUAUGGGACGAGGUGGCGGAAUGCGUGGAGGACGAGGAGGACGAGGAGGUGGUGAUAGAAAUAUGGGAAAUCGUUCACAAGAUGAUCGUUUAAUGGAGCGCCUUAUGUCUAUUAGUGGACCUACUCAUGAGUUACCACCACAGGAAACAACAGAAAAAAAAUUCAGUGGGCGUAAUCGUUUGUAUAUUGGAAAUUUCACAAAUGAUGUGACUGAAGAAGAAAUUAAACAAAUGUUUCAACAAUAUGGAGAAAUAUCUGAACUCUUUCUAAAUAAAGAGAAAAAUUUUGCGUUUCUUAGAAUGGAUUACAGAGUGAAUGCUGAGAAAGCAAAGGAUGAAUUAAAUGGUACCAUGUGCAAAGGUCGUGCAGUCAGAGUACGCCUUGCACCAGUUUCAUCCACAAUUAAAGUUAAAGAUCUGACUGUAUGGACUUCAAAUGAAUUGCUUGGAAGAGCGUUUAGUGUCUUUGGUGAAAUCGAGCGUGCAGUAGUUAUUGUAGAUGACAGAGGAAGAACAACUGGUGAAGGAAUUGUACAGUUUUGUAGAAAACAGUCCGCUCAACUUGCUCUACGAAAGUGUACAGAAGAAUGUUAUUUCAUAACUGCUUCUUUACGACCAGUCGUCGUUGAACUACUUGAACAACAAGACGACGUAGACGGUUUCCCUGAUAAAAUUUUGCCACGGAAGCAUCCAGAAUUUUUUAAGGCUCGAGAUAUUGGGCCAAGGUUUGCAUCAUUGGGAAGUUUUGAGCACGAAUAUGGAACAAGAUUGAAACAGCUUCAUAAAGUUUACAAGCAAAAGAAAGAAGCACUGAAUAGAGAAAUGGCAAUGGAAGAAGAAAAGUUGGAAGCUCAAAUGGAGUUCGCACGUUAUGAACAUGAAACAGAAUUGUUAAGAGAACAGCUACGCAUGCGGGAAGCGGAUCGUGAACGGCAAAAGAGAGAAUUGGAAAUGAAAGAAAGACAAGCUGAAGAAGAAAGAACGCGCGAGGAAGAAUUAAGAAGAAGACAGCAGGAAGAAAUGGCUAUACGUAUCAGGAGACUAGAAGAAGAGUUACAUAGGCGUGAACAAGAAAAUAAUUUGUUUAUGCAGGAGCAAGCAAUGAGAACUGGCGACGGAGGUGGUGACAUGGGAGGAAAGAACUACGAUUCCGUUAGUAAUAGUGAUCGCGAUGGAUAUGGUCAACCUGAUGGUGUAAGCUGUAUGCCAGUGGGCCCAAAGUCUUUCAUGGAUGCUUAUAACUCUAUGGAUCGUGGUAGCCGAGGGGGUUAUAAUGACGAUCGUGCUCAGAUAAUGGAUUUGAUGGAUAUGAGGGUCGAUAUGGGUAAUAUGGGAGGUGGUCGUGGAGGCGGUGGUGGUAGUGGACGUUGGCAAGGUGGAAAUGAUCGAAAUCGUCAGGACGAUUAUCCUAAUAAAAGGAGACGUUACUGAAACAAA